AUGCUCUUUCCAGCUGUCUUCGCUCAAUUGGGCCUUUUCGCUACCGCUGCGUUGGCUAUUCCUCACUUGCUUCACGCUCGAGGGUCUGGUGGACAAAAUGUGGUCUACUGGGGAGCAGAUCCCCAUGUGCAAGACCUAUCGAAGUAUUGCACCUCUGAUUCCGGCAUUGAUAUCAUUGUGCUUUCAUUUAUCAACGAAUUCGGCAAUGGCAAAACCAUUCCAGCAGGCACUAUCGGAAACCAGUGCUCUGUCUCUACCACUGGACAACCGCAAAACUGUGAGAGUUUGGCUGCCAGCAUCGAAACCUGCAAGUCUGUCGGCAUCAAAGUCAUUCUUUCCUUGGGCGGGGCAUCUGGUGCAUACUCGCUGUCUUCACAGGCUGAAGCUGAAACCAUCGGCCAGAACCUAUGGGAGGCGUAUGGAAACACUGCUGGCUCAAACGUUCCACGCCCAUUUGGAAAAACCUUUGUCAACGGCUGGGACUUGGAUAUCGAGGCCUGGAGUGGAAACAAUUACUACCAAUACCUGAUUUCCGCACUGAGGUCCAAAUUUGCGUCUGACUCCUCCAACACGUACUACAUCACGGGUGCUCCGCAGUGCCCCAUCCCUGAACCGAAUAUGCAGGUCAUCAUCAACAACUCACAGUUCGACUAUCUUUGGGUUCAGUUCUACAACAAUCCUUAUUGUUCUGUCGGUGGCAAUCUCAACUUUGAUGCCUGGGUAUCUAAUGUUGCUGGCACCUCUUCUGCCAACGCUAAGAUCUUCCUUGGAGUUCCUGCUUCUCCUCUUGGGGCUACCGGUACUGAGAGCGGUGCCCGAUACUAUUCCGACCCCAGUGCACUGGCAGCACUGGUUACUAAAUAUCAGAGCAACCCUUCAUUUGGUGGAGUUAUGUUGUGGUCUGCGGGGUGGUCUGAUACCAACGUGAACAAUGGAUGCACCUAUGCCCAGGAGGCUAAGCGUAUUCUGACUACUGGAUCACCUUGCUAA